CUGUAGCGAGCGAGACCAGUAAUGUGCCGGGGAGAAACGUACAAUAUUGAGAAAUAACUGAUAGCAAUCCCAUGGCGUCACCGUCUGCCAGUGUGGACUCUAAGGCAGAGCUGACCUCCCUGCUGGAGCAAUGGGAAAGAGAGCAGCAGGGCAGCACCCAGGAUCUGGUCUCAAUCCUCACCAAAGUGUCAGAGUUGGUCGAGCGAGAAACAGAAGAAUAUCACAAAUCGGAUCCUGAUCCCUUCGAUGACCGCCAUCCAGGAAGAGCAGAUCCAGAUUGCAUGCUGGGACACCUGCUCAAUAUUCUUUUUAAGAAUGAAGACUUCACAAAUGCGCUGCUGAACACUUAUGUGAUGACGAGCAGAGAGGUCUCCCUGAACACUGCUGCCUGCCGCCUCCUCCAGAACAUAAUGCCUGGGCUGGAGACGGCCGUGGUCUUUCAGGAGAAGGAGGGUGUUGUGGAGAAGCUGUUUAAGUGGGCCCAGGAGGCAGAGGAGCCCCUGCGUAUCUAUGCCACAGGGCUUCUGGCUGGAGCCAUGGAGAACCAGGACAUCGCCGCCAACUACAGGGAGGAGAACUCAGUGCUGGUGCCUAUGAUGUUGCGGCGGCUGCGCGAGCUGCAGGACAGGGAAACGAAGGGCCGUCAGGACUUCAAACGGCCCAUCCCCAAGAAGACUCUCAGGGACCCUCUGCUGCCACUCGAUGAAGAGGCCGUCGACGGCGGGUUUGAGGGAGCCACCAUGCCUCUAGGGAGCAACGGGGAUGACCAGGAAGAAGAGAAGGAGGAGAACAGAUCUGGCUUGGGGGUGGAAGACGAGCUGUCCUUCAACCUCGGUUCCGCCCACAAGACCAGCAGCCGAGCCAACUCCUCUAUCAAGCCUGCAGCGGAGCCCGUGUACCCGGCGGUACCAGCACCUAACCUGGGAGAGGAGGAGGGGAAGCGGGAAGGUGGGUCGCGGGGCUGGAGGAAGCUGGAGACAGAAAACGGGCGCAAGGCCAAACACAAGCUCAGCUUCUCUCUGCCUGAGCCCGAGAGGAACUUCAGCGAGCUGUCCAACAGCAGCUGGUCAGAGAUGAGCCCCUGGGUCAUCGGGAACAGCUACCACCUCUACCCACUCACCCCUGCCAUUGAGCAGCGGCUGAUCCUGCAGUACCUUACCCCCCUGGGGGAGUACCAAGAGCUGCUGGCUGUGUUCAUGCAGAUGGGAGCCCGAGAAUUGCUCAUGCAUUAUAUCGACCUUAAACAGACCAAUGAUGUGCAGCUCACAUUUGAAGCUCUAAAGUACUUGGCCUCCUUGCUCCUGCACAAGAAAUUUGCUGCAGAGUUUGUGGCUCAGGGAGGAGUUCAGAAGCUGCUGGAGAUCCCGCGUCCCUCUAUGGCAGCCACCAGCGUGUCCCUGUGCCUCUAUUACCUGGCCUACAACCAGGAUGCAAUGGAGAGAGUGUGCAUGCUGCCCCACUCGGUCCUGUCGGACAUGGUGGCCUACACGCUGUGGCUCCUGGAGUGCUCCCACGCCUCGGGCGGCUGCCACGCCACCAUGUUCUUCUCCAUCUCCUUCGCCUUCCGCGCCAUCCUCGAGCUCUUCGACCGUCAGGACGGCCUGCGCCGGCUCGUCAACCUGAUCAGCACACUGGAGAUCCUGAACACAGAUGACCAGGGGGCGCUGCUGAGUGACGAUGAAAUCUUCUCCAGCCGGCAGACGGCCAAGCACACCUGCAUGGCUCUGCGCAGGUACUUCGAGGCUCACCUGGCAAUAAAGGUGGAGCAGGUAAAGCAGUCCCUGCAUCGCACAGAAGGGGGCGCCCCUGUCCACCCGCAGCCCUAUUACAAGCAGGCCUGUUCCUAUACCCACGAGCAGGUGGUGGAGAUGAUGGAGUUCCUAAUUGAGCACGGCCCAGCGCGGCUCUACUGGGAGCCAGCGGAGGUCUUCCACAAGCUCUCCUGCAUCCAGCUCAUGCUGCAGCUCAUUUCCUUCGCCUGUGACUGGAGAACCUACUAUGGCAGGAGUGACACAGUCCGCUACGCUCUGGACAUACUGGCCAUCCUCACCGUGGUCCCCAAAACCCAGCUGCUCCUGGCCGAGCCCGUGGACGUGCUGGACGAGGGGGGCUCCACCGUCAGCACUGUGGGGAUGAGUAUUAUCCUGGGGGUGGCUGAGGGUGAGGUGUUUGUGAACGACGCGGAGAUCCAGAAGUCUGCCCUCCAGGUGGUGAUUAACUGCGUCUGUGCGCCCGACAAGCGUGUGUCCAGCAUCGGCAAGUUCAUCGCGGGCACGCCACGUCGGCGCCUCUCACACGCUACCAAGGGCAGCGAGAGCGUGCUGGCCAAGAUGUGGAACGUGGUCCAGUUCAACAACGGCAUCAAGGUGCUGCUGUCCCUGUUGAUGGUGAAGAUGCCCAUCACGGACGCGGACCAGAUCCGGGCGCUGGCCUGCAAGGCGCUGGUGGGGCUGUCCCGCAGCGGUGCGGUCAAGCAGAUCAUGAGCAAGCUGCCGCUCUUCAGCAGCGGCCAGAUCCAGCAGCUGAUGAAGGAGCCGCUGCUGCAGGACAAGCGCAGCGAGCAUGUCAAGUUCUGCAGGUACGCGGCCGAGCUCAUCGAGAGGGUCUCCGGGAAGCCACUGCUGGUGGGCACCGACGUGUCCCUGGCGCGCCUCCAGAGGGCCAACGUGGUGGCCCAGUCUCGCAUCAGCUUCCCCGAGAAGGAACUGCUCCUCCUCAUUCGCAGCCACCUGGUGGCCAAGGGCCUGCAGGACACGGCCAGCACGCUCACCAAGGAGGCCGACCUUCCCAUGGCGCACCUCUGCCCCUCCUCCUCUGCCUUCCCUGCCGUGUCCGUGGCCCCUCCUCCCUCCCCGGGGGCGGUGCUUCCCCGGACCCCCCGUCUGGCCAAUGGAGUCGCAGCCCGGCUGGGCAGCCACACCUCCCCCCAGUCCACGGUCCACGCCCAGCCCCGCCCCCCAGCCAAUCUGCCUCCCCCUCCCCCGCCUCUUCCCCCGCCGUCGGCUCCGCCUCCUCACGCCCACGGAUCCCCCCUCAUUGGCCGCAUCCUCUUCACGCGGGAGCGGCCCUCGCCGCCGUGCAGCUACGCCAGCAAGAGGCCCCGCAUCCUGCGGCAGAAGUCGGACCACGGCGCCUUCAGCCAGAGCCCGGCCAUGAAGAAGCAGAUGGACCGGCACCUGCCCUCGCCCCCGACCCUCGAUGGCAUCAUCACGGAGUACCUGCGCGAGCAGCACGCCCGCUGCAAGCACCCCGUGGCCACCUGCCCCCCCUUCUCCCUCUUCACCCCCCACCAGUGCCCCGAGUCCAAGCGGAGACGGCAGGCGCCCACCAACUUCACGUCGCGCCUCACACGCAGGGUGGCCUACCCUAAAUACGGGGGUGUGGAUGGGGGCUGCUUCGACAGGCACCUCAUCUUCAGCAGGUACCGGCCCAUUUCGCUGUUCAGGGAGGCUAAGGAGGACGAGAGCGGCUUCAUGUGCUGCGCCUUCUCGGCCCGCGAGCGCUUCCUCAUGCUGGGCACCUGCACCGGGCAGCUCAAGCUCUACAACAUCUUCACAGGGCAGGAGGAGGCCACCUACAGCUGCUACAACUCCGCCAUCACGCACCUGGAGCCCUCACGGGACGGCUCCCUGCUGCUGACCUCAGCCUCGUGGAGUUACCCCCUCUCCGCUCUGUGGAGCAUGAAAUCGGUCUUUGUUAUGAAGCAUUCCUUUAUAGACGAUAAUUACGUGGAGUUCAGCAAACUUUCUCAGGACAGAGUCAUCGGUACUAAGGAGCACAUAGCUCAUAUCUACGAUGUCCAAACCGGCCAAAAGACCCUCACCCUCAACGACCCUGGCUUGGCCAACAGCUACAAGCGGAACUGCGCGACCUUUAACCCCACCGACGACCUGGUGCUAAAUGACGGGGUGAUGUGGGACGUGCGCUCAGCUCAGGCCAUCCACAAGUUCGACAAGUUCAACAUGAACAUCAGCGGCGUCUUCCACCCCAACGGACUGGAGGUCAUCAUCAACACCGAGAUCUGGGACCUGCGGACAUACCACCUCCUCCACACGGUGCCAGCCCUGGACCAAUGUAGGAUAGUCUUCAACAACAACGGCACUGUCAUUUAUGGAGCAAUGCUGCAGGCCGAUGAUGAGGACGAAAUGAUGGAUCAGCAGAUGAAGAGCCCCUUUGGUUCCUCUUUCAGGACCUUUGAUGCCACUGACUACAAACCCAUAGCUACAAUUGAUGUAAAACGGAACAUUUUUGACCUCUGCACAGACUCCAAAGAUUGCUACUUGGCUGUUAUUGAAAACCAGGACUCCAUCAAUAUGGACACAGUGUGCCGACUCUAUGAGGUGGGCAGGCAGCGGCUGGCUGAGGAGGAGGAAGAUGAGGAAGAUCAGGACGAGGAUCAGGAGGACGACGAUGACGACGACGAUGACGACUCGGACGACGACUCGGACGACGACCUGGACGACAUUGACACCGACCCCCUGCUGGCGGAGCUGGAGAAUGAGAACGGGGGCGAGGAGGACGGGGAGCACGACUUCUCCCCUUCCGACGACGAAGAGGUGGCACGCCUUCUGGAGGCGGACGGGGAGGAGGAGGAGGACGACGAUGAUGACGAUGACGAUUCCGAUGACAACGAGGACGACGCCGAGCUCAUGCUUGAGAACACAGACAGCUCUGACAACUCGGACCUGGAGGAUGACAUCAUCCUGUCUCUGAAUCAGUGAAGAGGACUUGUUAGAAAAGCAAUACAAGGACACAUGAGGUCCCGUGCCUAAGAAGAUAUCCUUAGGCGAGUCAUGAUGAAGGCGGCAGGAGUGGACACAAAACAGUGUGCGACUGAAGAGAGAGACUAACCUGUGGUAGGCACAUGGGACAGCCCGGGCUGGUCUCACCUGAGAGUGCUCUUGGUGAGGUCGUGUCCGCAGGUGACGUCCCCUUGAAUGUAGGGUCACACGUGGGUGCUGCAGGGGCUGUCGGGCCUACUCCACACAAGUUACAGAGAGGAAGCGCACACUAGGAAGUGUAUAUGUGUUUUGCUUCUUAAAAAGGCAUAGUUUUAUGACAAGAUGUGUGACUUUAAGUGUGCAAGGACAGAAUGCAAAGACACAAGAAAUAUCGAAAAGAAAUGGGUACAUAUUUUUAUUUUUUUCAUCAUUCAAAACUCGUUUGACCUGCUUUCCCUCAGAUACACUGUCCAUAAUUGUCUGAUUUUCUUUUAUCAGGUGGCCACAGUAUUACCUGGGCCUGAGUGGUAAUAAAAGGGUUUUGUAGCCAGGGCGGACUACAUUACCCAGAGAGCUUUCUGAGUCAGGGGAUGAGGAGUAUGGUAUACUGUCUAAUGUGGGACCCAAAGAUGGUCUAUACAGUUGUGAGAGAAUUCUUGUGUGUCUGGAAAUGAGCACACAGUGGCUGUCAAACCCCUUUCAGCAGUUUGCAAAGGCAGUGGAUGGGAAGAGAGUCCAGUGAAGGAGCAGGACAUGUUUCUUUGCAAAGGUCACAUUCUUUGAGGUGCUGUAGUCUUCACAUUCUCCCAUUCCUGUGGAUGGGCACGAAACAGUCAAAUGCAGUUGUGUGCUCAUAAUGACUUGUUGCUGGAUGUAGUGUUUGUGAGGCAUCUCAGGAUUGUAUUGUGUAAUCAUGCAAGAGAUAAGCUGUUAAAUGUUUCACAAUUUGAAAUGUGCUUAUUAAAUGUCUACAGAAAAUUGUCAGCUGAAGUACCUGGUAAAGAAAUUGCUAUGUUUCAUGGUUGGAAAGAGGAUUCUAGGGCCAGUUUGUCAGAUGGUCAGGUUUA